AUGUCUACACCUUCAAAAUCUGCUGACCUUCCACGAGGCUUGAUUGACCGCAAGGGCACACCUGCUGGUCGCAGUACAAGGCUACCUUCCAUUCGUGGACCUCGAGAUCUGACACUGGGAGGCAUUCCUAAAAAAGUCUUCACACCAAAUAUUCCAUCUCGGAGAGUAAAGGAUGACUCUACUUCCUCAAGCCCUAAAUCAGAAGAUAAGUCCAGUCACAGACGUGAACGUAAUCACUCAAGAAAUGAACGAGGACAUGGCCGUGGGAGAGGUCGUGAUAGGGACAACUAUGUUCAGUCACAUUCUAUAUUUGAACAAGGUCCUUUUGGGGAGUUCCUUUCUCAUUCCAAAUUAUCAAGUUAUCCAAGUGGAAGUAUUGGAGAAGGCUCUGGAGGCAAAGCCUACAAGACAACCUUCCAUAAAAAAGAAUCCAAAGAAGACACUAAAAGAAUUUUGGACCGACUCCUUCAAGAUGAUUUUGUGGAUUCAGAGAGCCAUGAAGAUUUAAGAAUGCAACCUGUGCAGUUGCCUCUCAGUAGUCGACUUCUUAAGGUCAAGGAAGAAGUUGAUGUGAAACCAGAUGUGAAAUCUGAACCAAUGGAAGCAGAAACACUUGAUGACACUGCAGCAGAUGUAAAGCCUCCAAUUUCUUCUCUCUCCAAACAGUUGCCUUAUGAUGAUUCUGAAAAUUACCAAUCAUGUGAAGAAUUGUUUCGUAAGAGUUGCAAGUCAGAAAAUGGUGAGAUGAUAUUUCUGCAAUUGCCUGAUGUUUUACCUGGAAUUCCUCCCUGUCAAGAUGAAGAUCGUCCGAAAGUGAAAACAGACCAAACAUCCAAUUCUUCUGGAACCAGUGCUGCACAGAAUUCUAAUGAAGAAGAGAGCAACCUUGUAGAGAAACUACAUUUGUGUUCCUUGAAUGAUUUCUCUGAGGGUUAUGUUGGCAAACUACAAACACGUAAAUCUGGCAAGGCCCAAUUACUUUUGGGCAACAUUACACUGGAUGUUUCUAUGGGAACACCUUGUGGAUUUUUACAGGAUCUUGUGUCCAUCCGAGUGAAAGGUUCAAGUGGAGACUUGUCUGUUUUAGGGCAUGUAAAACACCGAUACAGACCAGACACUUCCCCCUCUCUCUCUCUCUCUCUCUCUCUCUCUCUCUCUCUCUCUCUCUCUCUCUAUACCUUGCCAAUUACAUACCAAUGCCUUGUAACCAUCUAUACUAAUCUAUAUGGGGUCAUAGUGAAUCCACAAGCAUCCCUGUGCAAAACCCUCAAACCUUUCCUCUAG